ACCUGCACCGCUCCUGGCUGUGGACUCUGUGACGCAUUUGGAUUUUCGGAGUCUUCGCAAGACUCCGGUCCCAUGUCCGUCAGCGGAAAACCCCGCGAGGGAUCAUAAAAACCUCUGAACCGCCUCCAAUGGAGCCUGAGACGGAGCUUGCAGAGCCACACGGACACACGCAGCCGCCCUGACAGACAUGCACACCCCGACAGUUGCCGCUCUGCUGCACUGCUUCCUGUUUGCAGCUCUGGUCCAAUCAGCUCCCAUCACCUCGCCAGCGUUCAGCGAGGCCGUCAAGCAAACCAAGACCCUGGUGGAGAAAAUCCUGGAUGACAUCCCCAUAGCACACACCGCCACCGUCAACACCCAGGGUUUCACCCUGGACGCCUCCAGCCACACCACAAACCUGCAGCUGAUGGUGACGUCACUGGGGAUCCCUGCCACCCCCGUCCUCAAACCGCCAUCCCAGCAUUUCACACCGGACAUGUGUGUGGCUCGUAUGUUAGCGGGAACCCAGCUGUACCAGAACCUGCUGGAAGUCCUGUCCAGCAACCUGAGCGGUCUGGAGACCCUGCAAGCCGACCUCAGAGACUUGCUGACCCACAUCGCCAAGAUGAAGAAGGUGGCUCAGCUUGGAGGGGACGCUUCGGAUCAGAACCACAGUCUGGACCUGGCCUCGCAUCUCCAAGAGGCAUACAAGGUCCAAGUGAUGGUGCACAUGACGCUGGUGCAGCUGCGCUCGUUCUGUCACGACCUGAUCCGCAGCCUGAGAGCACUCGCCACCUACAGGCCGGACACUGCAGGUGCACAAUAAGCCCCACCCACAGCAGGGUGAGCCAACCAGAUGCAUGCUAAGCUCCGCCCACCGCAAGGUGAGCCAACCCUGCAGAAAAAGCUGACUGGGGACUUUGUGCAGGAAUUUCUGGUUCGAUUCUUUUCUGCUGGAGCUCAACAUCUUAAGGCUGCAGCUCAACAUCUUAAGGCUGCACAGAGGGUGCAGGUUUCUGCUGUAGUCCAGGAUCUGGGGUGCAGGUUUCUGCUGUAGUCCAGGAUGUGGACCUCUCUGCAUCAGAUCUGAUCCUGGAGGCCUUGUGCAAGUCUCGGCUUGCCAAUCUUCUGGAAUGUUGCCGCAGGACGAAUUUUUAAAAAGAGUAGAAAAGCCAAAAAAACAAGUUGCUGGUGAGGAGGGAAGAUCUGCAGGUCUGGACCUGCCCGGCUUUCUUCUUCUCCUCCUCUUUCCCUGCAGAUCAGACGAGGAGUUUACAGCCAAAUCUCUGAACAAGGUUUAAUGCUGAAUGAAAGAAGCAGAAAUUUUUCCACUUUUCUAACUUACUGAAUGUUUUUAUUAGAAAUGUAAAAUCCAUUUCUGUUGGUCUGGAAAGUCACAAGAUCUUUUAUUUUUAUUUCUGAGCAGAAAUGUUUAUUUAUCAGUAAUUUAUUUAUUGAUGAUAUUUAUUUAUUAUUUAUUGAUUGUUGUUGCAUUUUCAGAGCUGACGCUGAGUCGGGCUGAACUUUGUAAACUCAGUGAGUUAAAUUCUAGGACAGAGGGGCGAGCGAGCCUUAAACACUGCUGAGAGAGAGAGAGCGAGAGAGAGACAGGAAGUGAAAAGUUUCUGGAAUAGGACUGAUCACGAAUGACGUCAAAAUGCUAUUUUUAGAACAGCGUACUGCGCAGGCGCCGCCGCCAUAUUGGAUUCGGACAAACAACCUGUGGAGCGUGUAUACUGUGUUUGUAGGAGCAAAGUUGCAUUCCGAAUAUUUCUUUAACAAAACCAUUAUGGUAACAACUAAACACUGCUGCUUCGGUGUCUGCCGAAGUUACUCGCGAUAUAGUGACCGUGAACAUAUGAAGGGAGUUUUUUUCAUUCCAUUUUCAAAGCAGCCUGUAUUUUCACAAAUGGUUUUUGUUGCUGCCUGCUUAGUCAACUUUCAGGAACCACUUGUAACAUAACAGGAAAGAUGUUGAACGUGAGGUAGCAGUUAAGUUCUUGAAUUAAUUCAUACAUGAGCUGUUGAAUUAACUACUCUGUCAUGAAGUAAUUAAUUGUAAUAGAAAUGAAGUUCAAAUAAAAACAUUUCAGAUG